AUGAGUGUGGCUUUUCUCAACGACACAACAGUGAUAGAUUUUAUCAAUGAUACAAAGAUAUUUGACAACUGCGUGAAGGAAAGUUUCCAGAAACUCGACAUUGACAAAGAUGGCAUCCUCAAUGCAAAUGAACUUCUGGCCGGGUUUCGUAGUUCAACGGAUCCAGUAGAUGAUCUUUCUCAGACGGUUUGUCGCAAGUUUAAUGUGGAAAAAAGUGGUGGUAUCAAUGAAAAUGAGUUUAAGUCGGUCGUAACGGAGAUUCUUCUCGCCAUUGCUUAUGGGAUUGGAAACUUACCUCUCCAAGUUGCACUUCAACAAGAUGGCCUCCUCAUGAAGGCCGUUGAACAUGAAAGGGCCAAAGAAGAAAAUUAUUUGACCUUUGUGAUUGAACGCAUAUUUGAUAAUCAUAAUGUUUAA